AUGUCCUCCAGACGUCCAAUCUACUUGAACCCCGCUGCCGCGGGCGAGCGCUGUGACUCUGUGGUGUCUCCCCACGCGGCCGAAUUUCACAAAUCGCUCCCCAAGUAUGCACCAACUCCGCUUGUACCUUUACCAGAGCUUGCAGCUGAGCUCGGAGUCAAAUCGGUCUUCGUGAAAGAUGAGAGUAACCGCUUUGGUCUCCCCUCAUUCAAAGUCCUCGGCGCUUCAUGGGGAUGUUUCCGAGCUGUUACGCAACAUCUUGGAUUAUCGCCAGAGCAGAUCACUUUGGAAGACCUUGCCGCUAGACCUGAGAUAAAGUCACUUAUUCUGGUCACUGCAUCUGAAGGAAACCAUGGACGCGCAGUUGCGUAUAUGGCGAAGCUGCUAGGCGUUGCCGCUGAGAUCUUUGUACCUCAAUCUAUGGAUGAUACUACAAGCAGUCGCAUUUUAUCCGAGGGUGCUCGGGUGACUGUUGUCCAAGGGACAUACGAUGAUGCAGUCAAAAGAGCAGCAGAUCAAGCGCACAAGGAAAAUAUACUCUUGAUUCAGGAUACUGCCUUUGAAGGGUACGAAGAUGUGCCCGCCUGGAUCGUGGAGGGGUAUUCCACCAUGAUGAACGAAACUGAAGAGCAACUCUCCCAACUCGGUCUACCCGCUACCAUGAUGGUGACCCCUGUCGGUGUUGGAAGUCUUGCGCAUGCGGUGACUAUUCAUUGCAAAUCAAGAAACGUGGCCGUUGUGGCCGUAGAGCCUGAUUCUGCACCCUGUCUAUAUUCUAGCCUUCGUGCUGGGAAACCUGUUCCUGUGCAAACAUAUUUGACCAUUAUGGAUGGCAUGAACUGUGGAACCGUAUCAAGCACGGCUUGGCCAGACUUGCAGCGCCUUGUUGAUGCUUGUGUCACGGUGUCAUCGUAUGAGAGCCAUUGUGCAGUCCGGUAUCUGACUUCGAACUCGGUUCCUGCUGGUCCAUGUGGUGGAGGGUCUUUAGCUGCACUGAGACGUCUUGCUAGAGAGACUCCUUUGUUGAAUGCUGAUUCGGUGAUCGUUCUUCUGAGUACAGAAGGGGCGCGAGAAUAUCAAAUCCCUAGAGAUGUAUCUGUGGAGGACGCUGUGGGCCUGACUCAAGUGCUCACACAAAUCAAUUCAUCCAACCCUACAUUGUCUGUUAGCGACGGAGCAGGCGAAAGCGAGAUCGCUGAUUACGUGACAGCAUGGUUCGCUCAUCGUGAUAUAGAGUAUCAUCGCAUCGAGUCUGUUGCUGGUCGGCCCUCUGUCGUGGGUGUUCUUCACGGAACUGGCGGAGGCAAGUCACUUAUGUUCAAUGGACAUAUCGACACUGUCAGCCUUUCAAGCUACGAGCAUGGUAUAGAUGCCCUCUCAGGAACCAUAGCCUGGAAAAAUGAACAGCAAGCUGUCUUCGGACGAGGAUGCUUGGACAUGAAAGGUGGCUUGGCAGCAUCACUCGCAGCGAUAGCAACUAUCAAAGCUGGAGACCCUGAUCGGGUACCUCGAGGCGACAUUAUCGUGGCUGCUGUUUCUGAUGAGGAGGACGCUUCUCAAGGCACACAGGACCUUCUAGCUGCCGGCUGGAGGGCUGAUGCUGCAGUUGUCCCAGAACCUACCAUGGAGGCUAUUGUCACUGCACACAAGGGCUUUGUAUGGGUUGAAAUUGACAUCCUGGGAGUUGCUGCUCAUGGCUCCAACCCUGCAGCAGGAGAAGAUGCCAUUAUGCAUGCCGGAUGGUUCCUUCGUGCCCUGGAACAGCACCAAUCAAAGUUACCAGUGGAUGGUCUCCUUGGCCAAGCGUCAUUGCAUUGCGGUCUCAUUCGAGGAGGUGAGGAGCCUUCUUCUUAUCCUGCAAAAUGUACAAUUACCAUUGAAUUCCGUACUAUCCCAGCUCAGAGUGAGGCAUCGAUACUGGAAGAUAUUCGUGCCCUCCUCGGGAAUGUGGCAGAGGAAAAUCCUCGCUUCAAAUAUGACCAGCCUCGCAUUGCCAUGUCACGACCACCAUUCAAACUGCCAAGAGACCAUCCUCUAGUAAAAAAGGCAGUUUUAUGCGCUACCACUACUUUUGGAAAAGCGCCUGCUCUUGAGUGCGCGCCAUUCUGGUGCGAUGCAGCGUUGCUGGCAGAAGCAGGGAUUCCGGCAAUUGUAUUUGGCCCCUCUGGUGACGGCUUGCAUGGUAAAGAGGAAUGGGUCAGCGUCGCGAGUCUGCAGCGAAUGGAAAGAACCUUCGUUAGCUUGAUUGAGGAUUUUUGUAACUAA